AUGUGCUCCAUCGAAGACACGUGCGUGCGUCUUCAGGUGCCAAAUGAAGAGGCGGAGAGCUCGAAGAGCAUUAGCGAUCUCGAGAUCACUUUCUCGCAAAUCAAUCCGAGUCUCACUUGGAACGAUCGUACAUCGAAUUGCAACGAUCUGAAAGAAGUGUUCUCGAAAUUCGAUGCUUCUUCUCCGAUUUGUGGCGAAAUCCUUCAUCGCGCUCGAUUCCUGUGUGCCAAAUAUUUGGCCGGUGCAUGGCAAAAAGUCAAACUUGAGCAAUUCAAAAUUCGAGCCAUCACAGGUGGAAUGUCGAACCUGCUUUUCCUUGUCGAACUUCCUGAAGGACUCGAUCCAAUUGGAGUGGAGCCUGAGAAGGCGUUGCUCCGUGUCCACUGCCAAUCCGACAUCGACCAACUUCUUUCGGAAUCUGUCGUUUUCACUCUUCUGUCUGAAAGAAACCUUGGUCCAAAACUUCUCGGAGUGUUUCCAGGUGGUCGAUUUGAGCAAUUCAUUCCGAGUCGGCCACUUCAUUGCUUAGAAAUUAGUAAGAAAAGAAUGUCUCGCAAAAUCGCGCCGAUGCUCGCUCGAGUGCACACUCUUGAUGUUCCGAUCACGAAAGAUGCGCAUUUAUUGGACACCGCAAGAGCUUGGCUGGAUCGCUUCAGGACCACCGAAGAAUCGAAAAAACCGAUUGAGAUUUACUUGACAAAGGCGAAUGUUCCGAAGAGCGAUUAUCCUGCCUCGAUUACUGUAGAUGAAUUGGAAAAUGAGUUGGACUUCGUCGAUGAUUUCCUUCUUCAAUGCAAUAGUCCGGUUGUGUUUUCUCACAAUGAUUUGCAGGAAGGAAAUAUUCUGCUGAUUGAUGGAUACCAAAUUGACGAGAAUGGAGUUGUGACUGAUCAAAACGGAAAAGUGACUGAGGCUGAGCCGUUAACAUUAAUCGACUUUGAGUACUGCAGUUAUAACUAUAGAGGAUUCGAUCUCGGCAAUCAUUUUUGCGAGUAUGGAUUCGAUUACAGCAACGAGCAGCCGCCGUAUUACUUUAUUCACCAACACUUUUUCGACGUCGAAGAAGAGCGAGACGUGUUCUGCGAGGCGUAUCUCAAUGAAGUCUACAAAAUGCGUUCGUCUGGCCAAAAUCCGCAUUUCCCGUCUGAUUUGGUGAGUGGAGAUCGCGAAAAAGACCUGGCGAAGAUCAAGCUCGAAUCGAAAUUGUUCAUGCCGGUUUCGAAUAUCUUCUGGGUUUGUUGGUCGCUCAUCAAUGCCGAGGAAUCGACGAUCGCAUUCGAUUACCGCGGAUAUGCAAGAGAUCGAUUGGCACUUUACUAUCACCAAAAGAAGAUGCUUCAAGAGUUUAUGGAUCAAAACAAAGACGAUUAA